CGGCAGCAGCAGCCUCCGGACUUUCACUCCCAGCUCGCCCCCCUAGCCAGCAUGGACGGGAAAGCCCUGGCGCUGCUCACUUGUCUGCUGCUCUCCCUCUCCCUCUCGGAGGAGAAACCCGUCAGCCUGACCUACCGAUGCCCCUGCAGGUUCUAUGAGAGCAAUGUGGCUAAAGCCAACAUCAAACACCUCAAAAUCCUGACCACCCCGAAUUGCUCGCUGCAGAUUGUUGCAAGGCUGAAGAACAACAGUAAGCAAGUGUGCAUUGAUCCCAAGUUAAAGUGGAUUCAGGAAUAUCUGGAAAAAGCUUUAAACAAGAGGUUCAAGAUGGUAAGAGGCAAGCAUUGUAAGCCGUCUACAGGAUUUCUUAACUGUAGGACCCAGAGAGCAGAUAACCAGUAUUAGGAAUGACAGCAUUUCACUGUUAUCAUGCAGCACAAAGGCAAGGCUGUCAUGCAUUUCCAAGGCCUUUUUUUUUUUUUGCACAAAUUGGCUUGCUUUCACAAUACAAUUUUAUGGAGUAAUGUGUUUGUUUUUUUAAAAACCAAUCUUUUUGUAGUUUGGUUUAUCAUCUAGCACUGGUGGCAGCGAUGAAUUUAGACUAACCCUACAGUAUAAUAUUGUUUUCCUUGCCUGUAUUAUUUAGCAAUCGCUGUUAAGUUCAUGCCAGCAUCCAAGAGUUUUUACCUAGCAGGACAUGAGCUGUGAGGUGCAAUUCGAUCAUGUAAUUCCUAUGUUCCUAUGCUCCCAAUGACUCAGCAUAAAAAGCAAUGCAUUUUCCCAUUCCUGUAACCAGAGCUUGUCUGCAGCCCUACCUGAGACAGGACACAGGGCAGGAGAGUAACACUGGGGCUGGCCCAAGUCUGCACAGUAGAGUGUGAUUUUGCGAGUGUGCAUGCGGGCAAAUGUUUCCAGUUCUCAGGCGGAGAUGCCUCUGUCUGUCGGUGAAACGAACUAGUGUCCAGAGCUCCAUUUGCAACAAGGUAUCACUCAGGAGACACCUGCCACCUCCGGCAACCCUGCAGGCCUGUUAUUUCUUCCUCUUGAUUCCCAGCUCUGUAACCACUUAUAAGGAUGUAUGAAAUAGGAAAUGUAGAGGAAAGGUAUCUCAGCGACAGGGCAGUCUCUUUGUUACACUGUGCUCUGAGAAAUGGGGAAAAUCCCGAGCAGCAAAAUAUCUGUGUGAUACCCAACAUUGUGUAUUGGGUGGGGUUUCUUCAGAAGGAAUCUUCUCCUUUAUGUGGAGCUUGUAUUCUGGGCAUGCAAGGGCUACUAUACUAAGCACUCUCUUCUGUUGCAAGUAACUUACAUGCCAAAUGACUGUUCUGUCUGUCCCAGGGAGGUCUUAUUUUCCACUUUGGUCACUGUGGCAAACUAAGUGUUCUCCUCCCUAUAGGAUGUGCUUCUGGGGCACCAUGUCGCCCCAUCAGCUUUGAAGCAGAAACCACUGAAAACAGUGCGUGUGAUUUGGCCCAUUGUUUUUUUCCUGCAAUGUUGGUGCUUUCAUGUCUUGUGCACCCUCUUUUGUAGGCAUUUGGGGAGUAGGGAUCCAGCACCACUGACAUCAAUGGCAGUUUUACAGCUGAUUUCAAUUGGAGCAAGAUCAGACCCUCUGUCAUUUGUGUAAAGGCAAAAAGAGCUUCCAUAGACCAGAAAACGAUAGACCAGUACCAUCCUUCCUAUUGUGUGUUUUGUCCACCUAGCAGGGCCAGAUUCCCUCCUGAUAUAGGUGUCUGCAGUUUGCUAGUGACCGGGCUGGAAAGUAUAUUCCUGCAUCAGAGGUAGGAGUCACUCCCAGAUUUUUAAAGGAAGCCCUGGAGAAAGUGCCUACGAAUUUCUAUUCUACUACAGAAUGAUAAUCUUGCGGGACAGUGACUCCUCACGCAUGUUGUGUGAAACUGGCACCAGCUCAGAUCCUGCUCCCUUUGAAGCCAGUUUAGACUGAAAUCUUGCUCUCUGACUGGGUGGCAUUUGCCACAACCAGCAGCCCUUUAAAACCCAAAACCAUGUUCUGCCUUCCAUGACGAACCUCUUUAAACAGCCCUUAGUGUGAGGACUGACCUCCUGGGUGACAGAGCCAACCUUAGUGAGUCAGUGCUCAGAGCACUGCAUUUGGUCUCCCUGUGUCAGCCAUCAUAACUGCUGCAAACCUUAGUGUAGACAGGCAAAGCCACUGUAAGCCAUGCAUGGCACUGGUGCAAUUCCCCCUGAUGGAGACAAAGACAGCCAGCAAGGCUGGUGCAGCAGCACCGAUCACACUGAUGGAAGGGCACUGGUCAUUUGGGGAACAUCUACACUACCCGCCGGAUUGGCAGGUAGCGAUCAAUCUAUCAGGGAUCAAUUUAUCAUGUGUAGUGUAGA